UUCUGUAAUUCUGUGUAAUAAUAAGCCUGUGGUGCACACAAUGCUUGCAGAGGGUGCUUCAAAUGUGUAAAAUGAGAUGGUGCCAUCGGGUUGUUUUAAGUCAGAGCUGCUUCCCAAGUGCAAGUGUACAAGCUUUGUGAAGCAGCAGCUCAAUUAUACGUAAUGUUAAGCUUGGCAAGCAAGUGACAGAAGUGGAAGAUUUCAGGUUUGUUGUAUGCAGACACAGUGAAGCAAUGCUGAGUGUGAGAAAGGCACUGGGAGGGUCUGAAGCUGAAGAGGACAAAAGUCUUUCCUCUGCUGUCUGUGGGCUUGGGCUGCCUGUUUAAUCAUCAACUUAAAGUGGAUUGGCAGCGUUCUCACUCUUGGUUUUCUUUCUCUUGUAACAGACAGAAAUGGGAGAGUAGAACUGCCAUCCAUUUCAGUUGUUCUCCCAGAUGACAACUGUGUCCGCUUAAUGCAAAACAGGUGACAGAAUCUCAGGGAGCAGAAUAUGGCCGGACAGAUAUCAGAAACUGAUCAGAUCAAGCAGUUCAAGGAGUUCCUGGGAACAUAUAAUAAAAUUACAGAAAGCUGCUUCAUGGAUUGUAUAAGGGAUUUCACCACCAGAGAAGUUAAACCAGAAGAGAUAACUUGCUCAGAACAUUGCCUACAGAAGUAUCUGAAAAUGACACAGAGGAUCUCCAUGAGAUUUCAGGAGUAUCACAUACAGCAGAACGAAGCUCUGGCAGCUAAAGCAGGACUGCUCAGCCAACCUCGUUAGACAGGAGCACUCUGUUCAGACUUCAUAAGCAGUGCCAGUGUUCACUGGGCAAGAACACCUUUUGGAUUUUCUACUGUCAAGAUGCAUGUCCAGAAACUCUGAAGGUUGUUCUAGAUGCUGUUUGGAAGCUGGAAGCCACGGAGGGUAAUGCAAAGAGUUAGGGAGCGCUGUCUGACAGCAGAGUCUCUUUCUGAGACUCUCAUUCCACUCUGCAGUGUAUUGUCAGGGCCCACAGACCACUAUAUUGCAAUUUCAAAGGGAGGGGAAAGUUAUGCUUUUCCUUCUGUUAGGACUGAUUCAGAGGCAAAAGAAGUGUAAUGCGAAAAUACGUUUUUUAAUUUAAUUCAAGUAAAAUAUAUGGAACCAUA